AUGGCUGGAAUUUGUUGUAGUGUUGUUGGAGAUAGUGAACCGGCGUCUGCACGGGUUGAUUCAGUUACUCGAACCUCUCUUAAACCCUCUCUUAAACGGAGGUUAGAUCUCCUUCCCUCCAUCAAGAUCGUUGCUAAAUCCGCUGUCGCUCCUCCUAAACGGCAGAAGCGUGAGAAAACGUCACCGGGAUCAACGGUCACGAAUUCAAAUUCGGCAGAGAGCAGAUACUUCUCCUCAGAUGAUGCACCUAAGAUCGGUACGACGUCGGUUUGCGGAAGGAGAAGAGACAUGGAAGACGCAGUCUCCCUCCAUCCUUCACUCCUCCUCCACAAAAAGUCCGAGAAUCUCCACUUCUACGGUGUGUUCGACGGCCACGGCUGCUCUCACGUCGCGGAGAAGUGCAGAGAGAGGUUACAUGAGAUAGUGAAGCAAGAAGCUAUGACCAACGGAGAUGACUGGAAGGAGACGAUGGUGAAGAGCUUCAAGAAGAUGGAUAGUGAAGUUAGCCGGCGAGACUCUAACGGCGCGAAUCGGAGCUCUUCUUGUAGAUGCGAAUUGCAGUCUCCUCAGUGCGACGCCGUUGGAUCCACCGCCGUUGUGUCCGUUAUCACGCCGGAGAAGAUCGUCGUCUCUAAUUGCGGCGAUUCUCGCGCCGUGCUUUGCCGUAACGGUGUCGCCAUCCCUCUCUCUUCAGAUCAUAAGCCGGAUCGACCCGAUGAAUUGAAUCGGAUCCAAGAAGCGGGCGGGCGGGUUAUUUACUGGGACGGAGCUAGGGUUCUUGGUGUUCUCGCCAUGUCUAGAGCUAUUGGUGAUAAUUACCUUAAACCGUAUGUGAUUCCGGAUCCGGAGGUGACUGUAACGGAUCGAACCGACGACGAUGAGUGUUUGAUUCUGGCGAGUGAUGGACUUUGGGACGUUGUAACGAACGAGACGGCGUGUGGUGUGGCUCGUAUGUGUCUUAAAGGUGCUGCGGCGGCUGCGGAAGGAGGAGGAGACUGUGAUACGGCGCACAACGCGUGCUCCGAUGCGGCGUUGCUCUUGACGAAGCUGGCUCUGGCGAGACAGAGCUCUGAUAACGUGAGCGUUGUCGUGGUUGACUUGAGGAAAAGAAGUAAUUAUUGA